GCCACCUCUUCUGAGCUCGCGGGCUCUGUUGUCGUGGGGUCUUGUCCCAGCAGGCGCAGUUGCCUGGCUUGGCAGGAGGGGCGGCCCCUUGGGGUUCGUGCCUCCUGGGGCCGCCCCCAGACGCCAGUCCUGGAGGCAAGGGUCACUCAGGUUGUGGAGAAAACUAUGAACAUAUCAGAGAAUGUGCUCUCUACUGGGCCCUCAUUAGCAUCUCAGGUUCAUGCUGCUGCAGUUAAUGGAGAUAAAGGUGCCCUCCAGAGACUCAUCGUUGGAAACCCAGCUCUGAAGGACAAAGAAGACCAAUUUGGAAGAACACCACUUAUGUAUUGUGUGUUAGCAGACAGACUGGACUGUGCAGAUGCUCUUCUGAAAGCAGGAGCAGAUGUCAAUAAAACUGACCAUAGCCGGAGAACAGCCCUUCACCUUGCAGCUCAAAAGGGAAAUUACCGCUUUAUGAAACUCUUGCUUACACGCAGAGCAAACUGGAUGCAGAAGGACCUAGAAGAGAUGACACCUUUGCACCUGAGCACCCGGCACAGGAGCCCCAAGUGUCUAGCUCUUCUCCUGAAGUUUAUGGCUCCUGGGGAGGUGGACACACAGGACAAAAACAAGCAAACAGCUCUGCACUGGAGCGCCUACUACAACAACCCCGAGCACGCGAAGCUGCUGAUCAAACACGACUCCAACAUCGGGAUUCCUGACGUGGAAGGCAAGAUCCCCCUCCACUGGGCUGCCAACCAUAAAGACCCGAGCGCCGUGCACACGGUGAAAUGCAUCCUGGCUGCCGCCCCGACAGAGUCUCUGUUGAACUGGCAAGACUAUGAGGGUCGCACACCCCUGCACUUUGCCGUCGCAGAUGGGAACCUGACAGUGGUGGAUGUCCUGACCUCCUACGAAAGCUGCAACAUAACAUCUUACGAUAACUUAUUUCGAACCCCGCUUCACUGGGCAGCCUUACUAGGCCAUGCACAGAUUGUCCAUCUCCUUCUAGAAAGAAACAAGUCUGGAACUAUCCCUUCUGACAGCCAAGGAGCAACACCCUUGCACUAUGCAGCUCAGAGUAACUUUGCUGAAACAGUUAAAGUGUUUUUAAAGCAUCCGUCAGUGAAAGAUGAUUCCGACCUGGAAGGAAGAACGUCCUUCAUGUGGGCAGCGGGGAAAGGCAGUGAUGAUGUGCUCAGGACUAUGCUGAGUUUAAAAUCUGACAUCGACAUUAACAUGGCGGACAAGUACGGAGGCACAGCUUUACACGCUGCUGCCCUUUCUGGCCACGUCAGCACUGUGAAGUUGUUAUUGGACAAUGAUGCCCAAGUGGAUGCUACUGACGUCAUGAAACACACUCCACUGUUCCGAGCCUGUGAGAUGGGGCACAGAGAUGUGAUUCAGACGCUUAUUAAAGGUGGAGCACGGGUUGACCUGGUUGACCAGGAUGGACAUUCGCUUCUGCACUGGGCAGCACUCGGGGGAAAUGCCGAUGUCUGCCAGAUAUUAAUAGAAAAUAAGAUCAACCCAAAUGUGCAGGAUUAUGCAGGAAGAACGCCACUUCAGUGUGCUGCAUACGGAGGGUACAUCAACUGUAUGGCUGUGCUCAUGGAAAACAAUGCAGAUCCCAACAUCCAGGACAAAGAGGGACGAACAGCUUUGCACUGGUCCUGUAAUAAUGGCUACCUUGAUGCCAUUAAAUUACUGCUAGACUUUGCUGCUUUCCCUAAUCAGAUGGAGAACAAUGAGGAGAGGUACACACCCCUUGAUUAUGCAUUGCUUGGCGAGCGCCACGAGGUGAUCCAAUUCAUGCUGGAACGUGGCGCCCUGUCUAUCGCAGCUAUCCAAGACAUCGCUGCCUUCAAAAUCCAAGCGGUCUACAAAGGGUACAAGGUCAGAAAAGCCUUCCGAGACCGGAAGAACCUCCUCAUGAAGCAUGAACAGCUGAGAAAAGAUGCUGCAGCAAAAAAACGGGAGGAGGAAAACAAGCGGAAGGAAGCUGAACAGCAAAAAGGGCUACUGAGCACAGAUCCCCCCAAGCCCCAAGUCCUCCCCUCUCCACCCAGCCCCCAGAAUGAGCCCAGCAGGCAGAAUGCAGCCCCUAACAAACAGCCACCUGCUGGCCACACAGCCCAGAGCCCUGACCCAGAGCACAGCAGACAGUCUCCAGGCCAGUGUCCAGGCCGAGCCUCCCACAAGGACUGUUCCUCAGACCUUCAGGGAACAGCCUCCAGAAAGCCAAAUGAAACACCCAGGGAACACUGCAGAGGCCCUUCUGCCUGUGUGCACCUUAGAUCCUGCAAAGGCGGUGAUGGCUACAGGCAUCAGGGAGCAUCCUCUGUGGAAAAGUGCAGAGGUGAGACCAUUGUCGAGCCGCAGAGGUGUGAGGAGGGUCCAGGCAGAGCCAGGCAACCCUUGUCCAUUGGGUCAGCCCAGACUGCUGAGAAAGGAAAGGACUCCAGCCCUGCAGGUGUAAGUGCUUCCCAGCAGGACAGCCCCAGGAAGCCCAGCAGGAAGCAGGACAGGGUACCCAGGCCCAGGGGUGCUUCCCAGAAAAGAUGCACCCACCAGCUCAGAGACCGGUGCUCCCCAGCUGGCUCCAGCCGGCCUGGCAGCGCCAAGGGGGAAGUUGCCUAUGCUGAACAGAGUCCUCUCCACCGUCGCCCACCGAGAAACAAGGUGACACAGAACAAGCUUGUAGGAGGGGACUCCUCAGACUUGCCACUCAGCACAGAAGAGUUGAGAUCAGCAUGCAAGAAGCUGUGCGAGGACAGCUGGACAUCUCCAGAGAGUGAUGUGGCUCAUGGCACCCCGCCCGGAAAGAGUGUGAAUAUUCACCUUCUUCCUGUAGAGCAGCGCCUGCAGAUAAUCCAGAGGGAGCGAAGCAGGAAAGAGCUGUUUCGAAGAAAGAACAAGGCAGCAGCAGUCAUCCAGCGAGCGUGGCGAAGCUACCAACUCAGGAAGCACCUGUCUCGGCUUCUGCAUUUGAAGCAGCUCGGAGCCGGAGAUGUGCUCAGAUGUACCCGAGUGUGCACAGCCCUGCUCCUCCAGGUUUGGCAGAAGGAACUGGAAUUCAAGUUCCCAAAGCCCAUCUCAGUAAGCAGAACGCCCAAGAGUCUAUCCAAAGGCAUGUCGGCCACAAAGUCUGCCAGGCAGUCAGUGCUCAGGCAGAUCUACGGUUCUCAUCCUAACAAAUGUCCCAGAGUCCCUCCUGUGCUGCAUCUCAGUUCAGUGAACAGUUUGCAGUCUAUACACCUUGACAACAGUGGAAAAUCAAGAAAGUUUUCUUACAACCUGCAACCAGGCAGUCAAUCAAAAAACAAGCCAAAGCUCUGACCCAGGAGGAAGAGCAGAGCCAGUGUGGAGCUCUGCUCUCUGUGACUUACUCAUGAGAAAGCUUUACUGCCUGCACCUAAAGCCUUACUACCAGAUUAUGUGGUAGCAACUCAAAGACGUGUUCACAUCUCCUCCUGGCUUCUACUCUGCAGUGAAAGGACCUGAGCAGCCUGCUUGUAUGGACUGCCUCUCAGUCAGCGCACGGCUGGAGAUGCAAACUGACAUUCAUCUGUGUGCUAACAACACCUGCACUAAAGGAGUGGCUGUAGGAUUUCGACAGCUAACUGGCACAGGCCUAGUUUCUUCACUCUAGAGAACUUACCUACCUAAAUGAGAUGGGAAACCUGCGCCACAGCAGCCACCUUCAACUCCUUACCUGCCUGGAACAUACUACGACAAAUAGCACAACAGACAUUUAAACGUUAGAUGAAAAUCAUGGUCUAGUAUUUGCAUUGAGAAAGUGCCCAUUGUAUUGAAGUGGGACUGCAAGCACACUGUUGAAAGUUUCCAGGUUCCAAAUUUGCCCUCAAAGACUACAAGAUGCAGCCAUGCUUAGUCUCUCUCUCUCUCUGCUUUCACUGCUGAGUGGCACCAACAAAAUCACAACAUCAAGAGGUCAGUAGGACAGGGUUUACAGGCUUCUGAUCCCCUUUGGAUCUUCUGACCAACUUGCAGAAAUAAGUAGCUUUCCCCAAAUGCAGUUUCUUUUGUGAAAGUUAACCCAUUUUCUAGGUCUCUAAGAGUACUCGGCUUUCACAGAGGCCCGAAUGAUAUCAGACCACCCCUGUGCUAACACUAAAGUACAGGAAGAAAGUGUUUGAGACAGUUUUAGUUUAGGUUAUUAUAUUCAAAACUAUGAACAGGUUUACCUAGAUGGGAUUACAAAGAUUCAGCUAAUUUGUUGAUAAGAGAAUGAAGGCACCAUAGAUUACUCUGUGUUGUAAACAUUUACCACUUAUGAAAUUAAAAAUCCUCUACUGCUUGUGUUCGUACCAUGUGCUAGUCCAGGCAAAGUAUGAAAUCACUAAGACCUCUUAGACCUCAUUUUUACACUUAUGUAGGAAGGUAG